UAAUAAAAUUAUCCAUAAUAUAUACGGUAUCGAAAUAGUAUCGACAAGGAAAAAUUAUACGAUCGAUCAUUACCUCCCAAUUCGUUAAAAAUAUGCUAUUGAGAUCCUCCCUCACCCCUCAAUUCGCUGCCAUUCCGUACAGAUUCCGGCGGCCGGCGAAAACGCCGGUCAAAAAACUCGCACACCUCUGCACACCAAGUGUUCGACAAAAUGCCGCACCCAAAACAGCCUCACUGCUGUCUCUGCACAAGCUUCCCCCCACCUCCGCCUACGUCCACCUCCCAUUCUGCCGGCGACGCUGCCACUACUGCGACUUUCCGAUCAUCGCCCUCGGCUCCUCCGCUGCGCCGACCGAUCCGCGGAUAUCGAAUUACGUCGAAACCAUCUGCCGGGAAAUCCAUGCUACCGAAUCCGCCUCAGUCUCCGCCGCGCCUCUCGAAACCGUGUUCUUCGGCGGGGGCACGCCGUCGCUCGUGCCGCCUCAGCAAGUGGGUUUGAUCCUCGACGCAUUGUCCGAUAAAUUUGGAGUUCGCAGCGACGCUGAAAUAUCGAUGGAAAUGGACCCCGGCACGUUCGACGCGCCGACGCUGCGGGCGCUGAUUGACUUGGGAGUGAACCGAGUGUCGUUAGGUGUGCAGGCGUUUCAGGACGAGCUCUUGAAGGCCUGCGGCCGAGCCCACGGCGUCCAGGAAAUCGACGAAGCUAUCGACAUUGUAAAGUCGAGCAGCGUCGAGAAUUGGAGCUUGGACCUUAUUUCGUCGCUGCCGCAUCAGAGCUCGGGCAUGUGGAACAAGAGCUUGCAGUCGUGCAUUCAAGCGCAGCCGACGCACGUUUCGGUGUACGACCUUCAAGUCGAGCAAAACACGAAGUUUGGCGUCCUGUACACGCCCGGAGAAUUCCCGUUGCCUUCGGAGAAUCAGUCGGCAGAGUUUUACAAAGCGGCGUCGAGAGCCUUAACCGACGCCGGCUACGAGCACUAUGAGAUCAGCAGCUACUGCAAGAGCGGGUACCGCUGCGAGCACAACACGACGUACUGGAAGAACGAGCCGUUCCGCGCCUUCGGGCUCGGCGCGGCCAGCUACGUCGGCGGCGCGCGGUUCACGCGGCCGAGGAAUUUGAAAGAUUACGCCGCGUACGUGCGGAGUUUGGAAGACGGGUCGAACUACGGCGGCGGCAGCGGCGGUGUGGACAUUAAGGAGUUGGCGACAGACGUCGUUAUGUUGUCGCUGAGAACGGCUGACGGUUUGGAUUUGAGGGCGUUCGGAGAAGCCUUCGGGGAGUCGGCGGUUGAGUCAAUUUUUGUGUCGUAUGGGCCUUACGUCGAGAGCGGGCAUGUUAUGUGGUUGGAUGAGAGUCGGGAGGCGGUGGCGACAAACAAGGGGCGACGGCAGAGGGUGGGGCAUCUCCGGCUGAGCGAUCCUGAUGGGUUCUUGUUGUCGAACGAGCUGAUCGCGGUGGCGUUCCACGCCAUAGCUCCAUGACUUACAUCAUUUCCAACCCAUCAACUCCAUUUAUUCAGUUUUAACUCUUAAAUAUGCAGUUGCUCAAUAAUUUUACUCCAACCAUAACUUCAUUUUUCACUAUCAUUCUUCAAAUAUUCAAUCUUUUAUAUUAUU